AUGGCGCCUACUACAACAACCCCAAGCGAGAUUGAGCGCCUGCGCGCAAAGUGCCAUGAGGCGCUGAAAGGAGCGAGUAAGACCGAACUGAAGCAGAAAACGCUGGAGCUCCAGCGGCAGAAAUUGCGAGAUCGCGACUACCUCUUGAGAGAAGAACUUUGUACCGACGGUUUCAAGGCGGCCGAUGCGCUCUCAGCAUUUGCGCAGGCUGACUGCCUGGAGCUCUGCACCAAAGUCCAGAACGCUUUUCCCCGCGAGAUACGGGACAUUAUCUACAGCUACAUCACUGGUGACAAGGACGUCUCCAUCGCUUGCAACGUGCCCUGGUGCCAUACCUGCGAGUGGCACUCUCAUUCGUCGAGGUCACUUUCGUGUUGCGUUCCGGAGUACGUCAAAGCAGCCCAUUGGUGGAAGCGCGAGUACAUGGGGGCACAGAUGGUACGAGAGAUCGGCGAGAACUACUAUCGCUCUUCUCACUUCGUCUUUGAACACAUUAUCACCAAUGUUGUUCCAUUCCGCUCCGUGGACCACCUGGGUCUGGGCUUCAAACCGGUAGAUUUCAUCUCAGAUGUGGAGGUCACGAUCAACUGCCGCGACUACAGGUUUGAGCCCAUGGACCGCGAAGGUAACAGCAUUCCCACCGACAUACAUGCAAGACCUGCAGACUCUGAAGCCAGCUGGGGAGGUGAGCCUUUUAGAGAGGUACCAGACCGUCUUCUCGUGGAGCUAGAGUCGCUCUUUGGUUUCAGGCACGGCACUGCGAUCACCAUCAACCUCUCGUCGAAGCUUUGUGAGAAUGCUACCUUGCUUGAGCAGCAGGCGUGGAUGGCGUACACUGUCAUUCCAGUCAUCUUUCCAGUUCUCCAGCGACUCAAGGAUGCCGGCUGUCGAGUCCGCAUACUUCUCUCUGCUAAGGAAGAGUGGUCAAAGAGAUCAUUUACGUCCAAGUGGAACCCAAAAUCUUCGGAGGUCAUCAGCCAGGCCGUUCAGGAGUAUGUCAAAGUUGAACAGGACCGCCUAUCGCAAGCUGAGCUAGAAUUUACCGUUGUUUCUGACGACGAAUCGGAAACUAGUACAGUGUUCGACUGGAGUGCUUUCUAUGAGGAAGAGGUCGCAUCCAACACUGCCAACGAGACAUAG